AAUAAACAAGUGGAACAUAAUGAUGUGAUUUAAAGUUUUAAAAAUAGAAUUGCAGUUCAAAUUAUGAAUAAUACGUGAAAUAAGUGAAUUUAAAAUUUAUUUUUAUUGGAUGAAAUAAUAUAGUCUGUGUUAAGUGUUAUAAAGUAAUUUAAAAUGAAGCUCAAUAUUUCACCAUCGUUAAUUAGGCAGUAUGCUGUGGUUGUAAUAGUGAAUUUGGCUGUUUUGACAACUGGUAUGAGUCUCGCCUGGCCGUCACCGGUUCUUGUGAAGUUAAGGAAUGUCACUGAGACACCAUUACCGGCACCUAUCACAGAAGAAGAGGGCUCCUGGGUUGUUGCUGGUGGCUAUUUAUUCGCCAUGAUUACUAAUAUCUUCGGAGGAAUGCUGCUAGAUCUAAUUGGUAGAAAGUACUGCCUCUUGCUGACAUCGCUGUCCAAGCUCUGUAUGGCCCUUCUUCUGAUAUUUGCUAAUAAGCUGUGGAUAUUCAUAUUCAGCAGAGCUGUGAUGGCCGUCAUAGAUUCAUUUGUGUUUAUUAUUGUUCCUGUUUACGCAUCAGAGAUUGCAUCUAAAGACCACCGCGGCGCUUUGGGCACGUUUCUUCAAGUAUUCUCGUCAUUAGGAAUCGUGAUAACUUUAUCAGUUGGACCUUUCCUGUCCUACAUAAACUUCAGCAUAGUGAUGGCGUCAGUGAUAGCGGUGACGACGAUGCCUUUACUCUUCUUACCGGAUACACCCUUUUAUCUCUAUUCUAAAGGUCGCACAGGAGAAGCAAUUAAAGUUCUAACUCAAUUAAGAGGAACAGAAUUACUCGCAAACCAAGAAAUAGAAGAAUAUGAAAUAUCUAAGAAAAAUGAAAACAAAGUUGAUAAGAUUGCUUUAUUAAAAAAUCGGAUGUUCUUAAAAUCUAUUUCUCUAGGAUUUUUGUUAGUUGGUGGAGCACAGCUGGUAGGGUUCAAUGCUGUGUCAUUUUAUCUGCAAACAGUUUUAGAAUCUACGAAAACUAGCGUAAAGCCUGAAAUCGCGUCUGUUAUUAUUGGCGUGAUUCAAGUGUUGGCGAGUUUCUGCACAACGUUAAUUAUGAGUAAAUUCGGUAGGAGGACUAUCUUAAUGACGUCUCUAUCUGGAAUGUUCCUUGGCAUGCUAGGACUUGGAACCUUCUUCAAAAUAAGUGGAACCGAGGGCUAUGUGAUAACCGGCUUUAUGAACUAUUUACCAAUUAUAUCUCUGAUAAUUGUGAUAUUCUGCUACUGCGCCGGAAUCGGUUCGCUGUUGUGGCUGGUAAUAGCAGAAAUUUUCGAGGGUCCGAGUCGGGCCUUGGGUGUCUCCAUCAGUAUAACAUCAUCAUCAUUAUUCAUAUUUAUAACAACCAAGUAUUUUGCACAAAUGACUUUAGCCGUUGGACCAGCACCAACGUAUUGGUUCUUUAGUGCUAUGUGUGUGUUAGUGGGAAUCCUAAUAGCUAUUUUCUUACCUGAAACUAAAGGCAAGACGUUUAGUGAAAUUCAAGAGGCUUUAGGGGGGAAGACAGAGAAAACUAAAAUAGCAGAUAACAACGUAAAGGAACGAAUAUGAAUUUUGUAAGUAAGCUGUGUCGAUUUCUUCAGAAAAGUGAUUUUUAAAUUUAGGAUUGCUUACAAUGGUGAUAUUAUCUACAAGGCGUGAUUCAAAAGCGUCCUUAUUAAAACAUUUCUUUCGUUGUGAAGUCGUACAUAAUUCAUCAGUUGUCUCCAGUUUGAUUUAUAACAGGUAUUGAUAAAAGUUAGAUUACGAGUAGAUUUUUGAUGAAACGUAUUUGGUAUUCUAAAUUAAAGUGCACAUGGUGUAUUUGAAUGUAAGCCUCGUAAUCACUAGGAGACAAUCGCCCUGGGACUCGGUCGCUCAUUUUCGCCAGAAAUCGCAUAUCACACCGGGUAAUGCGACGGAUACGCGACUUGUCGUGACAUCAUAUCAGUUGAGAGACAAAAGUAUCAGAGAAAAGACGUCUGUUAAGAAAUUGUUGCUUUAAGGAACUGGAUGAAUUCGAUGAACGUUCCAAUGACUGUUUAUGCGUAACCGGCAAUAACUGUGGAAUAAAAAUAAGCAAUACGAUUUAUAGGACAUACAUUUCUGAAACAUUAUGGAAAAUAUAUUGCAAAAAUAAUCAUAGCGUAAUAUAGCAGACAUCAAAAGCAGACAGGAAGUCAGUCAAUAUCGCCCAACGUCGCCUGACAUGUCGAGCGGCACGUGUCGCGGGACAUUUAUCCGAUAGUGAAUACGAGGCUUUAGAAGCAUUCGAUCUUCAAAAAGCAUCGAAUAGAUUAAAUACAAUGACAAGACUAGACCAGUUUCCAUAACUGAUGAUAGAACUAAGGGGUACGGAAAGUGAGACAUUAAAUAAAAUUAAUGCGUUUUUGUUAUUGUAAACACUUUUACUGGUAAGUCUAAAUCAAACACAUAUGUAUAUAGUUCGUUUCGUCAUACAGAUUAUACACGCACACAUAUGCAACAAGAUCCAACAACAGGUGACAGGACAAAGUGGUACGAAAAGUGAGACAUUAGAAUAAAAUGAUGCGUUUUUGUUAUUGUAAACGCUUUUACUGGUAAGGCUAAAUCAAACACACGUGUAGUUCGUUUUGCCAUACAGGAGAUACACGCACACAUGUACAACGAACUCUGAGCACCGGCGACGGGACGGAGUGGUACGAAGCGUGUCACCUUCAAUGAAAUAUAUACGUAGAUACGUUGAUGUUCCUGCAAUCUAAAUUAAUAACUAAACGAAUUAUCAUAUUUUUUAUGCACACAGGUGUUUAAAUUCGUUGAUUUCGAUAUUGUUUACCUAUACGGUGCUCCUCGAAAUGCCAUUACCAUACAAUGUAAUAUAAUUUGACAACUACGUUUAAUAAAAACAGUGUAAGAUAA